CCCUCCUCUCUAGAACACUGGGAGAGCAUCUUUUAUAUGACGUCAUGACAGCUGCAUCAGCUGUGAGCCCGUGUGCUUUUAGCUUGCAAAUAUAUAUAUUUUUUGCUACCCGCAGCUUCUCUGACAACGGGAAUAUAUAUGAGAUUUUCCACAAACCCUGAAAUGGCUACACAGGAGGUACAACCGAAUGAGACUCUCACUAACCUAAAAGCGGAAUCGGACACGUUGAAAACGAAGCUGGAGGACGAAAGAGCGAAGCUGCACGAUGUCGAACUACACCAGGUGGCGGAGAAGGUGGAUGGACUGGGCCAGUUUAUCAUGAAGACCCGGCGGACUCUGAAGGGACAUGGCAACAAAGUUCUCUGCAUGGACUGGUGUAAGGACAAGAGGAGGAUUGUCAGCUCCUCACAGGAUGGAAAAGUGAUUGUAUGGGAUGCCUUCACGACUAACAAGGAGCAUGCAGUGACCAUGCCGUGCACCUGGGUGAUGGCCUGUGCCUACGCUCCUUCUGGAUGUGCAGUGGCCUGUGGUGGUCUGGACAACAAGUGCUCAGUGUACCCUCUGUCCUUGGACAAGAAUGAGAACCUGGCAGCGAAAAAAAAGUCUGUCGCCAUGCACACCAACUACUUAUCCGCCUGUAGCUUCACCAACUCAGACAUGCAGAUCCUGACAGCGAGCGGAGACGGAACCUGCGCAUUAUGGGAUGUGGAGAGUGGUCAGCUGUUGCAGAGUUUCCAUGGACACGCCGCCGAUGUUCUCUGUCUGGACCUGGCUCCUUCUGAGACAGGCAACACCUUCGUCUCUGGGGGCUGUGACAAGAAGGCCAACGUAUGGGACAUGCGCUCAGGCCAGUGCAUCCAGUCCUUCGAAACCCACGAAUCAGACAUCAACAGCGUCAGGUACUAUCCCAGUGGAGAUGCGUUUGCCUCAGGUUCCGAUGACGCUACAUGUCGUCUGUAUGACCUGAGGGCAGACAGAGAAGUGGCCAUUUAUUCCAAAGAGAGCAUCAUAUUUGGUGCCUCCAGUGUUGACUUCUCGCUCAGUGGCCGGCUACUCUUCGGUGGCUACAACGACUACACCAUCAACGUGUGGGAUGUCUUGAAGGGGACGAGGGUGUCCAUCCUGUUUGGACAUGAGAACCGUGUCAGCACUCUGCGUGUGUCUCCUGACGGAACGGCCUUCUGCUCAGGGUCAUGGGACCACACUCUCAGGAUCUGGGCUUAAGGAAAACGACACAGAAGAGGAAAACUGACCAACUGAAUUCAGUGGUAGAUAGAUCGAGACAGUGGUAACUAAGAGACAGACAUGUUUCACUCUGCUUGAGUACAAUCAUAGACAUCAUAGGUUCAGAUUCAGUUGAACACAUACAGUAGGCCAGUGGUAAAGGGCAGGCAUUGUAAAUAUUCAGUCUUACUGUAGUGUGUAUCAGGGUACGUUUGGACCGUGGUCUUUGACAAGUUAACAGUCAUCGUCAAACCGCAAAGACACACUUUUAUUACAAGCUUUAAUAACGUUUAACAUUAAGUAUUUUAGAUCACACAAGGUCAAUAUAUCUUAAGGAAAUUCAUAUCACACACAAAAUAAUGAUAUAGCUACUCUAGCCUAAAGUGGACUGGUCUAAAGUGGACUGGUCUAAAGUGGACUAGUCUAAAGUGGACUAGUCUAAAGUGGACUAGUCUAAAGUAGAUGGUCUAAAGUGGACUAGUCUAAAGUAGAUGGUUUAAAGUGGACUAGUCUAAAGUAGAUGGUCUAAAGUGGACUAGUCUAAAGUAGAUGGUCUAAAGUGGACUAGUCUAAAGUGGACUAGUCUAAAGUGGACUAGUCUAAAGUGGACUAGUCUAAAGUAGAUGGUCUAAAGUGGACUAGUCUAAAGUAGAUGGUUUAAAGUGGACUAGUCUAAAGUGGACUAGUCUAAAGUAGAUGGUCUAAAGUGGACUAGUCUAAAGUAGAUGGUCUAAAGUGGACUAGUCUAAAGUAGAUGGUCUAAAGUGGACUAGUCUAAAGUAGAUGGUCUAAAGUGGACUAGUCUAAAGUAGAUGGUCUAAAGUGGACUAGUCUAAAGUAGAUGGUCUAAAGUGGACUAGUCUAAAGUAGAUGGUCUAAAGUGGACUAGUCUAAAGUGGACUAGUCUAGAGUAGAUGGUCUAAAGUGGACUAGUCUAAAGUAGAUGGUUUAAAGUGGACUAGUCUAAAGUAGAUGGUCUAAAGUGGACUAGUCUAAAGUAGAUGGUCUAAAGUGGACUAGUCUAAAGUGGACUAGUCUAGAGUAGAUGGUCUAAAGUGGACUAGUCUAGAGUAGAUGGUCUAAAGUGGACUAGUCUAGAGUAGAUGGUCUAAAGUGGACUAGUCUAAAGUAGAUGGUCUAAAGUGGACUAGUCUAAAGUAGAUGGUCUAAAGUGAACUAGUCUAAAGUGGACUAGUCUAGAGUAGAUGGUCUAAAGUGGACUAGUCUAGAGUAGAUGGUCUAAAGUGGACUAGUCUAGAGUAGAUGGUCUAAAGUGGACUAGUCUAAAGUAGAUGGUCUAAAGUGGACUAGUCUAAAGUAGAUGGUCUAAAGUGGACUAGUCUAAAGUAGAUGGUCUAAAGUGGACUAGUCUAAAGUGGACUAGUCUAGAGUAGAUGGUCUAAAGUGGACUAGUCUAAAGUAGAUGGUUUAAAGUGGACUAGUCUAAAGUGGACUAGUCUAAAGUAGAUGGUCUAAAGUGGACUAGUCUAAAGUAGAUGGUCUAAAGUGGACUAGUCUAAAGUAGAUGGUCUAAAGUGGACUAGUCUAAAGUAGAUGGUCUAAAGUGGACUAGUCUAAAGUAGAUGGUCUAAAGUGGACUAGUCUAAAGUGGACUAGUCUAAAGUAGAUGGUCUAAAGUGGACUAGUCUAAAGUAGAUGGUCUAAAGUGGACUAGUCUAAAGUGGACUAGUCUAAAGUAGAUGGUCUAAAGUGGACUAGUCUAAAGUAGAUGGUCUAAAGUGGACUAGUCUAAAGUAGAUGGUCUAAAGUGGACUAGUCUAAAGUAGAUGGUUUAAAGUGGACUAGUCUAAAGUGGACUAGUCUAAAGUAGAUGGUCUAAAGUGGACUAGUCUAAAGUAGAUGGUCUAAAGUGGACUAGUCUAAAGUGGACUAGUCUAAAGUAGAUGGUCUAAAGUGGACUAGUCUAAAGUAGAUGGUCUAAAGUGGACUAGUCUAAAGUGGACUAGUCUAAAGUAGAUGGUCUAAAGUGGACUAGUCUAAAGUAGAUGGUCUAAAGUGGACUAGUCUAAAGUGGACUAGUCUAAAGUGGACUAGUCUAAAGUAGAUGGUCUAAAGUGGACUAGUCUAGAGUAGAUGGUCUAAAGUGGACUAGUCUAAAGUAGAUGGUCUAAAGUGGACUAGUCUACAGUAGAUGGUCUAAAGUGGACUAGUCUAAAGUGGACUAGUCUAAAGUAGAUGGUCUAAAGUGGACUAGUCUAAAGUAGAUGGUCUAAAGUGGACUAGUCUAAAGUGGACUAGUCUAAAGUAGAUGGUCUAAAGUGGACUAGUCUAAAGUGGACUAGUCUAAAGUAGAUGGUAUAAAGUGGACUAGUCUAAAGUAGAUGGUCUAAAGUGGACUAGUCUAAAGUAGAUGGUCUAAAGUGGACUAGUCUAAAGUAGAUGGUCUAAAGUGGACUAGUCUAAAGUGGACUAGUCUAAAGUAGAUGGUCUAAAGUGGACUAGUCUAAAGUAGAUGGUUUAAAGUUGACUAGUCUAAAGUAGAUGGUCUAAAGUGGACUAGUCUAAAGUGGACUAGUCUAAAGUGGACUAGUCUAAAGUGGACUAGUCUAAAGUGGACUAGUCUAAAGUAGAUGGUCUAAAGUCGACUAGUCUAAAGUAGAUGGUCUAAAGUGGACUAGUCUAAAGUAGAUGGUCUAAAGUGGACUAGUCUAAAGUAGAUGGUCUAAAGUGGACUAGUCUAAAGUGGACUAGUCUAAAGUGGACUAGUCUAAGGUGGACUAGUCUAAAGUGGACUAGUCUAAAGUAGACUAGUCUAAAGUGGAUGGUCUAAAGUGGACUAGUCUAAAGUAGAUGGUCUAAAGUGGACUAGUCUAAAGUGGACUAGUCUAAAGUGGACUAGUCUAAAGUAGAUGGUCUAAAGUGGACUAGUCUAAAGUAGAUGGUCUAAAGUGGACUAGUCUAAAGUAGAUGGUCUAAAGUGGACUAGUCUAAAGUAGAUGGUCUAAAGUGGACUAGUCUAAAGUAGAUGGUCUAAAGUGGACUAGUCUAAAGUAGAUGGUCUAAAGUGGACUAGUCUAAAGUAGAUGGUCUAAAGUGGACUAGUCUAAAGUAGAUGGUCUAAAGUGGACUAGUCUAAAGUGGACUAGUCUAAAGUAGAUGGUCUAAAGUGGACUAGUCUAAAGUGGACUAGUCUAAAGUAGAUGGUCUAAAGUGGACUAGUCUAAAGUAGAUGGUGAUGAAUAACAAUGUUUGAAAUUAAUCUAGUGGUGAAUAUACAGAGAGCAAAACAGUUAGAGGGAGAAUGUCUUCAAUAACCUAAUGUAUAAGACAUAGUAUGUUUAGAUUUGAGAUAUGAUGAAAAACAGUUCAUACAUUUGGGAACAAGCCUCAAGACCAAUCAUCUUGGUUGGUGCCACAUUUUCCAUUCUAAUACUUAACCCUUUAAGUUUCUUUCCAUCUGUGGAUUUCACAUACUGCUUGAGCUGUUCAGAUGACAGACACUAGAUAAUACCUAGCUAACAUGAAUAUACAACCUUUUGUGAACACCUACAUAUUUAAAUUCUUAGACUUAUGUAUUCCUGUUCAUGCAAUUGUUCUAAUUUGAUAAUUUAUUGUAAUUAUUAUAUUGUAGUUUAGUGUAUAUACAAGUUACAUGAUACCAGAAACUAUUCACCUACACCACACCAAAGGAAUAAAAUGAAUUUGGACAAUU